CUCCCAUAGCUACCGAAGGAGGCUGCUUGGGGAAGGUAGUGGCGGUGGCGGCGGCCAUCUUGGCUGCGCCGGGGCCGGCAAUGAGCGGCUCGAAGCCUAGGGUGGCGGCUCCGGGAGCCUCGGGGCCUCUGAGCCGGCUGCGCAGGCGGAGCGGCUCCGGGGACCCUGCUGUGGCGCCGCCGCCACGAACGGUCCUGCCCCGGACGGAGGCGGAGCUGCUGGCGCUGGAAGUGAUCCGGCCCGACCACGUCCUGGGGCUCAGCCGCGUUACGGAAAAUUAUCUGUGCAGACCUGAAGACAACAUCUACAAUAUUGACUUCACCAAGUUCAAGAUCCGGGACCUAGAAACCGGGACGGUGCUGUUUGAAAUUGCCAAACCUUCGUCUUUAGAACAAGAAGAUGAUGAUGAUGACAGCGGAGAAGUUGACUCAAGCGCAGGGCGGUUUGUUCGCUACCAGUUCACUCCUGCCUUUCUGCGCCUCCGGACAGUUGGUGCAACUGUUGAAUUCACAGUGGGAGACAAGCCUGUAUCAAACUUCCGCAUGAUUGAGAGACAUUACUUCAGAGACUGCCUGCUCAAGAACUUUGACUUUGAUUUUGGCUUCUGCAUCCCAAACAGCAGGAACACUUGUGAACACAUCUAUGAGUUCCCUCAGCUUUCAGAGGACCUUAUUCGCCUGAUGGUCGAAAACCCCUAUGAGACCCGCUCAGACAGCUUCUACUUCGUGGACAACAAGCUCAUCAUGCACAAUAAGGCCGACUAUGCGUACAAUGGAGGACAGUAGCUGUUACAACUGGAUCCUUCAGACUUUGUGCUACUACUAGCUAUUCUGGAUGCACAGAAGGAGAGCAGAAGAGCCCGGUUCCUGCUCCGUUGCCUCUUGUGAAACAUCCUGAAAGACAAGAUGUGAAAUGAAGGGUGACUUGAUACAACAGUAAAGGAGUUCUGCUUGCAAGUCUUCCCUUCCCAACAAUGUUACUUCCUUGGCUUCUUUGGUUCCGGUGAUACUUUAGUCAGAUAACAGGUCAGACUAAAGUAUUAACUGAUGUAGCAGUUCUUGUCACUGGACAGACUUGGCCUGUAUUUCUUGUGUAUUCUGUCCCUUCCCCCAGAAAAUACCACUUUCUGUCCAGAGACCAUUGGGCCAGAUUCUGCAGUGUUAGGCUGCUGCCAUUUGCAGGCCAUGAGUGAAAGUUAAAUAGCAGUCUCCCUUUGAAGGAUUCUGGGACCUGGUGAACCAGUGGUUCAGUCAAUAUAUGUGAUUGUGACUGCCUCAGUUUUCUUGCUGCACAGCAGUUCUCAAAGACAGCAUUAGGAUGGGAACUUAAAAUUAGUUACUCAACAAUGAAAAGGUACAGGACUGUAUCUUCAGCAGUUUGUGGCCUUGCAUGUUCUUGGGGCACUCUUUGUGCGUGUGCUAGCAAAGAGGAUACCAGAGCCAGCCUGUGGUAUAAUAGAGGGCCAGACUAAAUUGUGGGGGAGCAGGUUCCAUUCCCUGCUCUGACUUGAAGUUCCCUGGGUGACCUUGGGUCAGUCUCUCUGUUUCAGCCGAACUUACCUCGCAGAGUUCUUGUGAGGAUAAAGGGAGCUGAGAUGGAGAAAAGGCCUUUUGUAUCCAGGAAAUGGGAGGAUGCAGAGCUAAUCACUGCUACCUCCCCCAGCUUCUAAUCCCACAGGACAGUUUUACCCUUUCCCUGAAAGGGUGAGCAAAGUGAGUUGGGUAAGGAAUUACUGUUACCAGGAGCUGCCUGAUGGGCAUACCACAUGGUAGGUUAGGUCUUCCCAAGGCUGUCUCCUUUAUCUGCUGAAAAUGCAACAAUUCCUGAAAAGGUAUUAUAAUAAAUGGUGGUGUUAAUCAGCCUGUAUUUACCUGGACCAGGUCUUCAUCUCAUGCCAUUAUUAGUCUCUAGAUGCUUUCUUAGUAUGGUGAGGUGUGGCCCUUGCACUUAGCUAUGAAGUGAAACCAAGAAAUGAAGGGAUUUUUUCUCCCCCCCCCAAAAAAAAUAAUAAUAAUAAUCUGUCUGCUUUCCCUGCUUGGUUGGCUCAAUAUGUGGUUUAGGAAACUGAUGACUCUCUUACUGUUAGGGACACAGCUCACCCUAUACACAUGGCUUAUGGACUACGAGCCAGUUGAUGAGUGCCUGGCCCUGGGGAAAAGGGGAGCGUGUCCCAGCCUUUGAGAAAGGUGUCUGCUUCUCUGUCUGUGACUACCUCCCACUAUCUUGUCCUGGUCUUCUCUACCUAUCCCAUUCUUGCCUUGUUUCAAAGCAAAGGUGGUGUUUCCUGUGCCAGAGGAAAAGUUGUGUUGGAGUAUGCCACUUUUAAAGGCCCUUAAUCAGCUGCUGAUUAUGCUGUGUGGUGAUCUGUGUAAGAGACAAUUGAAGUAAAAUCAGAUGGCCUUAGAAGAGUGUUGUGGGCACUCAAGCUUGUCCCUUUGUAGGGAAAUUCUCCUUGGCUCCCUGGCACUAAAUCCCAACUGGGGUGGUGACAAUCCAGAAAUGGUACACCAGGGGGCGAUGGAGUGGCCACUGAAGGAAAUACAGAAUGGCAGUCACGUGGUCUCAUAUUUAAAAGAGAAGAUAUUUAGAGCAACCCAGACCUAUGAAAUAGUGGGGUAUAAUGAAGUUGGGCCAGUUUCAAAUGAGUUAUAUGGAAGUGAAGGGAUGAAUAAUGCAGAAUACAUUUCAUGUACCCUUGUUUCUUCCAAAAAGCACCAGUGCUUCAAAGGAUGGGUGUCUUGUAUGUCUCUUCCAGCUCCUCAGUUGUCCCCUGAAUUAUGCUACUUUUGUUGCAGUCUGCCUGCUGUUCUCCACAGAAAGGUGCCUUUUUCUCCCUGUAUCCAAGGCCACUUAACAGAGGAAUGUAAAGGGAGCUCCGUUCUUGUUCCACAGAAGAUGGUGGAAGUCCCUGCAUCAAUGUGGUUAAACACCCAGUGCCUUUAAACAUCAUUCUCUGUGUUGCUCAGGCUUGUACAUGUAGCAGAUCAUGUCUGCUUCCCUGUACCUGGGUGCAGUCAGAAAGGCUAUAUAGUAAUCUGACCCAGGAGUAGGUAUAGCCAGCAAUAAAGUCUUGUCAGGGAAAUUUAUGUCAGUGACCUGCUUCCCUGUCUGUACUGUGUCAUCUGUUCUCCUGAAAGCUGAUGCUCCCUGCCCGCCCCCCCUGGAAUUCAGCCGCUCUCUGUGUGCCUUGUGUGAGAAUAAGCUACCACCUCAGCAAUAAGAAACAGAAGGGCUGGAAGGGAGGAGAGUAGCUUGUUAGAUGCCAGCACUGGCCUGCUGCUUUACUGGACCAAAUGUUGAAAGGGGAGAACAAUGCUGGAAGUGACAGACAUGCUCAGAAGUGCCACUUGGUGCAGUCUGGGACAUUUUCUGAAAAAGAAUCAUCCUCAGUUCAUGUGAUGUCCUGCUCUUGGCUACUGGUCAGCUUGCAUGUGUGUGUUUUUUCUUUUGCUGCCCUAGAUACAAGCUCCCCAGGCCAUAUUUGUUGGGAUCAGUAGCACCAUUGUAGAAAUUUGUAUUCCCUCUGAGAGGGCUGUCAUUUUGGUACAGUAACUGCAUUCAUGGAUUGCUUCCUAAGGAGAUAAGAGGUGUGCUUCUGCUAGGUUGACCAAGGAGGAAGCAGAUAUGUUAAGAGCUUCCAUCCAAAGAAUGAGGCAGCAUUUAAGCAUAUACUUUAAUUGAAUGGGCCAAUCACUCAAGUAGCUAUGAAUCUUCCCAAAUUUGCCAUGUUAAAACUAGGUUAAUAAUUCCUACACACUAAUUGCAUGGGUGAGUUGGUUAUGGUAUCUGGUGCCCUAAGCCUGCCUGGUGAAUUUGGGCCAAAGUGUUAGUUUCCUUGACUUGAUUUAUAGUCAUCACCUUCCAUUUGCAUAUGUGUUCCUUCUUAUCCUUGUGGCAGACAGAGAAUGUGGGACAUGUAGUGUUCCUUGCGUGGAAUGCAAAUUUGCUUCCCACAGGAAUAAUGCGCACAACACUUGGAAACAGGGAAUAUCAGCAGAAAUUGAUUGGAGAGAUGUUAAUUGGUACGUGAUAGGGGAAUUGUGGUGAGAGUGUCAUGUUUACCAUCAAGUAUCUGCCCUUUAGCAUAAAAUUGUUAGGCAUGAUGUUUUUGAAAAAAAUUACUGUUUUGGUGUUCUUACACUCAUGGUUGGAUGCCACUCAGCUCGUCACGUCCCAAGUGUUGGAUACAGUCCUUGGAGUAAUAAUCAACAUCCUUCACCACCACUUCAGAAUAAAAGAAACCUAAUAAUAAGGGGACAGUUCCUGUUGUCAAGCAACAGCAAAUGUCAUGGUCAGUUGUGUGGACCUUUUCUGAUUUUUAUUAUGAGUAUCUUAAAAGCACAUCAGACUCAGGCAAGGUAUUAAUGUAUUUUUCAUACCACUGAUUUUUGGCCGCUUGCUUGUGAUGACAGUAUAAGACUGGUUAACAGUACUUUGUGACCAAAUUACCAUCAAGUGGGUGGGGGACCGGUUGCUGUGCUAUCAGAAGAGAGCCCUAGUAUAGCUUUAUGGCUCUGAAUUGGACACAGAAACAAUUCCCCACAUCUUCUUUUGCAGCUAACUUUCUGUUCUAUGGUGGUUUAUGACUGAAAGUGUGUCCAUGUCUUGGUUUUUGAUUUUCUCUGCGUCUGUAGCCCAGAGAAGGGCCCUAGGAGUUGUUCCCUUUAUGUGUAGGAAGAAUAGUAGCAAGUCCAGAAGAGCUCUCCCAAGUAUAUUUUUCUGUCAAGGUAUUUUUCCACAAAGAAUGGCCAAAGUGUCAAUGAAACUGUCUGUGAUUCUCCCCUUCUCUUCUUCCAACCUCUGCCUCCAUGGUUGGCCUUACCUUGUUUCUCUCCUGGACCAUAGUAAGCUUUAGCUGACUUAUUUGUAUAAAAUGUUAUUUUGUCACAAGCAAUAGUAAUUAAAAAACCCAAAAUUUA